UCCGCGAGAGUGAGAGAAAGAGAGGGUUACAACGCCGACAGACAACGCGAAGGCCUAGCAUCCGUAAAUAAACGCACGAGUCUUCCCUUUUUUUUCCCCCGAGGUUUCCCUUUGACGUGUCGCGCGUGGCGGGAAGGACGCGCGGGCGUGGUCGCGCGAGGGUGCGUUCGUGCGAUCGGGGGUCGUGCGAACGGUCAGCUCGCGUCGGCUAGCGUCAGCGCGCGAAGUGUGCGCGUCGUCGUCCAUCGUACGGACGUACCAAGUCGAUGGUACCAUCGGCGACGGCGGAUGUACGGUGAGCGUCAAUCCGGCUUGGCCGACUACGCCAUCAGGCUGCUGCCGCCGCCACCGAGAGGGGAGGAGGUCUGUCUCGCGUGCCAGCACACAUCAAUGGUUCAGCUGGGAUGCCGGCCAUGGAAUCUCAGUCUGACGAGCGUGAUCAUCCUGGCGCUGUCGAACAUGUUUCUGACGUUCCUGCUGUUGCAAUCGGAGACCUGCGCGCCGGAGGCGAUCCCGCGGGAGGUGGAGGUCAGCGCCGUCACCGAAUGGAACCUCGGUACCCUCGUCAAGCACGAGCAACAGUCGGAAUGCAUCACGCAGGAUUAUCAGCCGACAUUACCUGAUACUAACGGUCUCAAGUUGAACAUUAAGCUUGGCAGAUGGGACGCCCGACGGAUAUUCCGGACAUUCGACUCGGUGCUGGUCGGCAGCAGGUUCACAGAGCUUUCUCAGACCUAUCGGGUGUGCCUGGCCACCCAGAGUUCCGUGGAGAAGCUGCACUCGCUGGUACAGGUAGCUUUGCACUGGACCGGCCCGAUGUCCGUGGCGCUCUACGCCGCCGGUGACGAGGAGUUCGAGGUGUUGCAGCGUUACCUGGUGUACCUGAGAAGAUGCUACGAGUCCAUCAGGGAAAGGGUGAUCUUCUCCCUGGCCGUGCCGAAGGUGCGAACGCCCAAGAAGCAGCCGCGCGUCUUCGAGCUGCCCGACAUCGUCGAUUGUGCCAAACCGGAAGCCACCCUCAACGAACUCAUGACUCGCGUGCCCGGCGAGCAGACCAACUGGCGGAUACGAAAUGUCUAUCCACAGAACCACAUGCGGAACUUAGCGCGCAAAAACUGCCAAACGGACUAUGUAUUUCUAACGGACGUCGACAUCGUGCCGAGCUUCAACCUGACGAUCGUGCUCGAUGAGUUCCUUAAGAAUGACAACUGUGAUAAGUGCGCCUACGUAAUACCCACGUACGAGUUGGACACGCGCGUGAGAUUUCCCCCAAAUAAGACGGAACUGAUCAGGCUCGCUAGGAAAGGCUUGGCCAGGCCUUUCCAUCAGAAAGUCUUCAUACAUAAUCAAUUUGCCACGAAUUUCACGAGGUGGCUGCAGGACGUGUCGCCGAACCAUAUACAUCACGAAAACGUAAAGACGGGUAAGGUCUAUAUUAGUCACGACGUGACGAAUUUCGAAUUCCUUUACGAGCCGUUUUACGUGGCGAAGGAUAUCGUGCCGCCUCACGAUGAGAGGUUUAUGGGAUACGGAUAUACGAGGAAUACCCAGUAUUUCUUCAAGCCUAUAUGACGACCGAAGGGGACGAAAUGGUCAGGUGGCUGUGGACGACUGUCAGGAAAGUUAUUGGAUGUAGUCUGCGGCUUUAUGAGAUCAUCGGAACGGUCGUUCGUCGCGCAUCAGUUCAUCGCACCAACCGAAAUGUCGAGGAAACGCGAAAUUAAAACAUUUUUAUCCGACGUGACGCCAACGACACAGGGUGAUGUGGCGAUGUUUUAUUCGGGUGCCAAGUCGAUUUCCUUUUUCUCAUAGACAUAUUACGAGGACAUUGACAUUUUUAUAGUGCACCUCGCAUCACGUAAUAUACGAUACUAUUUUCGCAACGGCAUUUCGUUUCCGUUUGACUGUUACUAAAUUUUUGCUAAAAAGUCAAACCACACAACGCACAUGAUCACGGAAUCUAAAUUAAUUUUACCGGACAGUAGAUUAAAAUUGAUUAAACCUGCUAAGCAGUGUGCACGGUACCGACGUUAUUAUUUCCUGUUAAUUGAUGAUAUCACAACCUACGCGGAAAUACUCGACUUUGCGACCCAAACAUCCCGUAACGCCGUUUUAAUGGAAUGAGAGAGCACCGCAACAAAGAGGAGAGAAAAAGAGAAAUAAAACCAUAACGAUCUUUCAAAGGCCAAAUCGCGCAUAAAGAUCAGCUGCUCAUAAUAUUAAACCAAAAAAAUGAAUAUUCUUUAAUACUUGCUUGCUCCAAUAAUUUCAGAUCUUAAAGCUCGUAAAGUGAUUCUUUUCCGAUAACUGUUUGCGUAAUAUUCGAAUGAAAUAAUAUUAUCAAACAUACACUUGGAAUACAUAAAUUUCUGAUCAUUUGUCAGAAU